AUGUCUGUCGCUGCGGGCUACCACGCCGUCGAAUACAACGAGGGCGACAAGUACCAGGGCGAAUGGAACGCCGAGGGGCAGCGUGAAGGGUUUGGGAUCCUCACCUUUGCGGACGGUGCCCGCUUUGUUGGCCACUUCAAGGCCGGUCUCUGCCACGGAAAGGGCAUCCUCACAUUCCCCGACAACAGCAAGUAUGAGGGUGACUUUGAGGGCGGCAAGUACCACGGCUACGGCGUCUACCAGCGUGCGGACGGGAUGAAGUUCCAGGGCCAGUUCCAGGCCGGUCAGGUUGAUGGCAGUGGUCUCUUGACCUUCCCUGAUGGCACACAUGGCCAGCCUCGCCAAGAAGGCAUCUGGAAGGGCUCGCAGCUUCUGACUCGCACAAAAGCCAGCGAGGCCGUGAACCUCGCCGAGCGAGGGCGCAGGGCGCUAACAAGUGAUCAGAUCAAGGCCCCUGCUCCACGAACCGCAUCCCUCUUCACCUUUCCUCCAUUGUCCCUUGACGCCGACAACAACAACACGAACAACAGCAAGCAAAAGCAGAACCAUUGUCAAACACCACAACACCAGACAACAAGCGUGAUGGCUACAAGCAAGAAUGUCACGUUUGAGGUGAGCAGGGACGAUGACAGGCAAAGCAUAACCCUGCCCCUGAGGAUACGUACAACCGCGAGCAGCUCCUUCAAAGGCAACACGAUGUUGGAGAAUGCCGAGGCGGAGCUGCAGCGCGUCUCCGGCGACCAAUCACGAUGCAUCGACCGAUACAUGCGACAGACGGGGAUGGAUGUGCUGUGCCCGCGUGUUGCUGCGUGGUGCUUUGACGAGCCCAUACCCGGGGACCGCGGCCUGCUUGAUGACUACUUACCCCAUAUGUCGCACACCAACUCCAUUGUGACGCUGUGCGACAUCCUCGCUGGCGACGUGGAGAACGGGCACCUGAAGCACCUUGCCCACCAGGUUGCGCUGCUGUAUCAGGCUGUUGUCCAUUGCGGCCGCCCCUUGGAGGCAUACAGAGCAGCCAUCGAGACGCGGUUUACAAAGUUGAAGAGCGCGACGCGCGUGGACGAGAACGGGGAUCCAAUCGGCCUUCCGCCAGCGUUACGCAUGUGGCUGUUGUUCGUGCUGGAGCGGCUGAAGGAAGACGCACUGCAGUCGCCGCCGCUGGGACGCGAUGAGAUGGCCGCCAUCGUGCAGUGGCUCACAGACGAGGAUGAGUGA